GCCAUAGUUUGGUCACAAACAAGGAAGUGCAUUAUAUUGAAAAUUUAGAGCAACAAAAUAGUGAAUGUAAUGCAUUUAAACAAUGUAUUGCUACUUUUUUUUGACAUAAAACAAUUUGGAUGCAUACAGUGCAGUCCAUUAGAAACUGAUACAAUUAAAUUGGCUAAUAUACGUUAAGGACCUUGCGCGAGAACUCCAGUUGCUGUCAAUGCAGGCAUGCUAGCUAGCUAACUUGCUAGUUUAGCUGAACAGUGAUGGCAGCAAAUACCGAAAAGACAUUCAAGUUUGUGGUCGUCGGUGGUGGCAUUGCAGGUGUAACGUGUGCUGAGCAGCUGGCCUCCCAGUUCCCAUCAGCUGAUGUUGCUCUCCUGACAGCAGCCCCUCUGAUUAAGGCAGUCUGCAACUUCAAACAGGUAUCUAAGACGCUGGAGGAGUUUGAUGUGGAGGAGAGGCCCUCCAGUGUUCUAGAGGAAAAGUACCCCAACCUGAGAGUCAUCCAGUCUGCAGUGAAGGCCCUUCAUGCACAACAACAUACUUUGCAGACCGUGGAUGGUCUGGAGAUCCACUAUGAGAAGCUGUGUAUCUGUAGCGGGGGCAGACCCAAACUCCUUACCCAGGAUAACCCCUAUGUGCUGGGGAUACGAGACACAGACAGUGCCCAGGAGUUUCAGAAGCGGUUAUCCAAAGCCAAGCGAAUUGUAGUCGUUGGAAACGGAGGGAUUGCCUUGGAACUAGUGUAUGAGGUGGAAGGUUGUGAGGUGAUCUGGGCAGUGAAAGACAAGGCCAUAGGAAACACCUUCUUUGACGCGGGAGCAGCCCAGUUCCUGAUCCCCUCCCUGGACACAGACAAACCAGAGCGAGCUGUUACCUGUAAGAGGGCUCGCUACACCAUAGAGGGGGGGCCUGCAGCUACGCAGGGCCUUGCUGUAGGUGGAGGUGGCGACAGACAAGGCCAGAGAAGAGGGUUGGAAGAGCCAGGCAGUGCCCUGGGACCAGACUGGCAUGAAGGCAUCAGUCUGAGAGGAGCAGAGGAGGUGUCUCACAGGGUGUCAGUGGAGUACCAGUCUGAGGUGAAACAGAUCUACACUCACCAGGACUUCCUGCUGUCACCACUUGCCUCACAGACAGCAGACACUGGCUCUUGGCCAGUGUACGCUCAGCUGACCAAUGGGAAGACUUUUGGCUGUGACUUCAUCGUCAGUGCCACAGGAGUCGUGCCAAACACCGAACCUUUUCUCCAUGGAAACAGCUUUGCAUUAGCUGAGGACUCUGGGCUGAAAGUGGAUGACCACAUGAUGACAUCAGAACCAGACAUUUACGCUGCUGGAGACGUAUGUACAGCAGGCUGGGAGCCAAGCCACCUCUGGCAGCAGAUGCGUCUGUGGACGCAGGCCCGUCAGAUGGGCUGGUACGCAGGGCGAUGUAUGGCUGCUGAUGUCCUGUCUGAAACCAUAGAGCUGGACUUUUGCUUUGAACUCUUCUCUCACAUUACAAAGUUCUUCAACUACAAGGUGGUUCUGCUGGGGAAGUUUAACGGCCAGGGUCUGGGUCUGAACCAGGAGUUGUUGGUGCGCUGCACUAAGGGCCUUGAGUAUGUCAAGGUAGUGCUGAGCGAAGGGAGGAUGUUGGGAGCAGUCCUUAUUGGAGAGACUGAUCUGGAAGAGACCUUUGAGAACCUCAUCCUCAACCAGAUGGACCUAACACCCUACGGAGAAGAGCUACUCAACCCCAACAUAGACAUAGAGGACUACUUUGACUGAGCGUGUGUGUCUACCUAACACCCUAUAGAGGGUUACUACUCAACCCCGACAUAGACUACUUUGACUGAGGCGCCAAGAACUUCCUCGUAAAUCAAUACUAAACUGGAUGUCUGCUUUAGCCCUGUUUAUAUCUGGUGCUAACACGUCCUGAUCUUGCCCACAUUUUUAGACCGGUGUAGACGAUUAAAAAAAACUGAUUGUGAUCAGAUCUUCCUGACCACCUCCGGAGGUAGUCAGGGACACAUUGUAUCUGGAUAGUGUAAACAGAUCUGGAUUAUCAAACCAUUUAAAUCCCUCCCUCUAGUUCCCUCGUUGACAGGUGGCACUAUUGACCUAAUGUGUCAGUAUUUGUUUUAACAUAAAACAUGGUUGUUUUGAAACUAUAUCUGCCAAAUAAUUUGCAUACAGGGAGGGACCAGGUCAUCUGGUAACAAUGCAGUCACAGUGGAUAGAUAGUCUUGUUCCCACUGCAGCCCUUAAUGCUCAAAUCAGUUUUAUUUUUCAAAUCCAUUUUGGAACACUGACUGUCCAAACAGUGACCUAAUCGGAUGUGUGUGUGUGUUCAGACAGCAGUCAUUUGCUAACAUGGCUACGCUAGCUGUCAUAGUAACAACAGAUGUGUGCGCAGUGGUUUAGGCUGAUUGGUGCUGGUGCUUCCUAUCCCUCAGAAGUUAUGUACUGUAGCAAGCUAAAGUGAUAACAAUGCCUGCCAUGGACAUUUCCCAGUUGCUUUGAAUGUUCAAAAUCAUAGUGUAAGGACAGCCAUUUAGCUUUCUAGCACAGUCACUCGUUUGUAAACAAUUAACAAGCUAGUUAGCUACCACAUGUUCUUGUCAAACUGUCAAGAGUAGCGAGGAAGCAACACGAUAUGCCAAAUGACUAAAAACCACUUGAGGGCAAAUAAAUCAGAUUUGACCGUUCAAACAAGUCGCAUAUGGCCAGGAACUAGAUUUAUCUUAUUUAAAAUCACCUUUGAAGGUGGUUUGAAAUAUCAGAUUCCAUGUGCUUUUUGGCUGUUCAGACUGCAAGAAAAACAGAUUAAAAUCUGAUAUGCAUAUAUUUUCUGUCACUUUAAAUUGCCAAUGUGACAUUAAAAUACCAUGUGUAGUUGCUGCAAAUGUGUAGACUAGUGAUGCAGUGGUCAGCUGUUUGUUCACCAGCACUUGCUAAUAACCCAUCCGCAAGCGCCCGACUAUGUGAUAGUGAAAAUAUGAGGCCCACAGCCGACUAACCCGCAAAAAAUGCGCCUUAGUUCCCUUUUUGCCUCAGUGGAUUUUUGCCUCAGUGGAUCGAUGUUAACUUUUUCUGCCCAAGUUACCAAAGCAUGUGUAACUUGGCACGUGUACAGUUAGGCCCACGCACUCAAUCCAGAUAAAAAUAAUGAAAGAUAAAUCUCAAUGUAGCUAUAGAUAUGAAUUGCACAAUAAUUAUCGAUUUAUGGAUUUUUUUAAUGCAUUGUUUUCUCUUUAUUCAACCUGCACGCAACCCACUCCCCCAUCAUCCACACUAUUUCGUGACCCUAAACCCGGAUAUAACAGCAGAUUGCAGGUUAUGAGUCAACCCGCGUGUGUGUGUGAUCCUUGUGUAGACGCCAAUAGUGAUCGGAUCAUCUUGAUUUGAUCUCGAAAACCACAUGUUAAUGCAAGGUGUAACAAAGGCUAUAAAUAUACCUUUGUUGAGAAAGGGCAUUGGCAAGUUUAGAACCUGACGUUCCGGUCCCUAUCCCAGUGCCUAGUCUAUUGCGCAAGCAAUUGGGAGGGCAAAACUAGUUUUUUUUUUUUACAUAUAUAUAAAGCUGUUCAGUCAGGUAGAAUUGUGAUUAGUAAGGUUGGAAUACAAAAGCUGCAUUGGCAUUCCAACUGGCAACAUUGUGUGUCGCAAACCGAGUUUAACGCCCUCGAACCUACUUCCCUAAAGAAGGCUUUUCUUUAUUUGACUCUCACCUGUACACUCCACCCUUUGACCUGUCCAUCGACCUUUCAUCCAACCAAUCAAUUCGUCCCCGAUACCUCUGGAAAAUCUGAUCACAAUCAGUUCUUUUAAUCGUCUAAACAUGUGGACAAGAUCAGGACACGUGUUAGCACCAGGUAUAAACGGGGCUCUUGACUGAAUCCUGCAGGGUUAAGAACAGAUUUGCGUAUCAAUAUCAAACCUUGAGUUAACAUUGUUUUCAAGAAAAGGGUUAUGAGUCAUCUGCAAUACACUGUAAAAAAAACCUGUGGUGAAUAGAACCAACAUAGUUAAUAAAAAUCAAUGCAAGUCAUUUUACCAAACAAGUUAAGAAUAAAUCCAACUCUGUUGCAUAAAAUCUAAGUAUAUUUUGAGGAUAACCAAAGAGAGAUAUUAUUUAAAUGUGAAUGGCUCUGUUUUUAGAGAAUUGUGUGAAUUCAACAUUUGUAGACCGUUUCUUUUACACAAAGUUGUAUACAUGUUUGAAGAAAAGUAUAUUUCUAUAUUAGUAUUAACCAGCUUGUUGUGCAAUGAGGUGUAAUGGAUCAUGAUGAAUGGAUAUCAAAACCAUCAAACUUUACAACCAAAAGAUUAAAAUUGAAAUGGUCACAUGAAACAUU